AUGGCUCUUUCUGCUCGAUGCGGGCAGCAAGCAGCUGCUUUGUUGCGCCAACGCUGCUUCGCCGAGUCGCGCGCUCCCACAUUAGCCCUGCGCUCCUUUUCGACGCAUAUCCCCUCUCGAUCGGCUGCCUCGUGUCUCCGUUUACAGCAGCAGAUCCCCUCGUCAUGGCGUUCUCAUCAGCUGCGCCUCUUCUCCAGCUGUCUCCGUCGAUUGGCCUCUGAGGCGCAGACGGCUCCCUCCACCAAGGCCUACCUGGCCAGCGGAGCCAUCGGCCGUUCCCCUGAGCUGGUGGAUGUGAAAAAGGUUCUGGUCAUUGGAAGUGGUGGGCUAAGCAUUGGGCAGGCAGGAGAGUUCGAUUACUCUGGCUCUCAAGCGCUCAAGGCUCUCAAAGAAGCUGGCGUCAAGUCGAUCCUCAUCAACCCGAAUAUUGCUACCAUUCAAACUGAUCACAAGCUCGCGGACGAGGUCUACUAUCUUCCGAUCACGCCAGAAUAUGUGACUCAUGUUAUUGAGAGGGAACAGCCGGACGGUAUCUUCCUGAGCUUCGGCGGUCAGACCGCUCUAAACCUUGGUGUGCAGAUGAACCGAAUGGGCAUCUUCGAUCGCUAUGGUGUGAAGGUCCUGGGAACCAGCAUUAAGACUCUCGAGAUGAGUGAGGAUCGUGAUCUCUUUGCUAAGGCUCUGAAAGAGAUCAACAUCCCCAUUGCGGAGUCAAUCGCGUGUAACACCGUUGACGAGGCCCUGCAAGCCGCAGAGAGCAUCGGAUACCCGAUCAUUGUCCGUUCUGCAUACGCUCUGGGUGGUCUAGGAUCCGGCUUCGCGGCAAACCGAGAGGAAUUGAAGAACCUUGCAUCCCGCUCCCUGAGUCUUGCCCCGCAAAUCCUCGUCGAGAAGUCUCUCAAAGGGUGGAAGGAAGUUGAAUACGAGGUCGUCCGUGAUGCCAGCAACAAUUGUAUUACUGUAUGCAACAUGGAGAACUUUGAUCCGCUGGGAAUCCAUACGGGAGACAGUAUCGUCGUUGCUCCUAGCCAGACUUUGUCUGACGAAGAGUAUCACAUGCUCCGUACCGCCGCCAUCAAGAUCGUUCGUCACCUUGGCGUGGUCGGAGAAUGCAAUGUUCAGUACGCCUUGCAGCCGGAUGGUCUGGACUACAGAGUGAUUGAGGUCAAUGCUCGUCUCUCGCGCUCAUCUGCGCUGGCGUCCAAGGCUACUGGCUAUCCUCUCGCCUACACUGCAGCCAAGAUCGGUCUUGGACACACCCUUCCGGAACUUCCCAACGCUGUCACGAAGACCACCACGGCGAAUUUCGAACCCAGUCUGGACUACAUCGUGACUAAAAUCCCUCGGUGGGACUUGAGUAAGUUCCAGCAUGUCAAGCGUGAUAUUGGAAGCGCGAUGAAGUCGGUGGGAGAGGUUAUGGCUAUCGGUCGCACGUUUGAGGAGUCGUUCCAGAAAGCGAUUCGUCAGGUUGACCCCAGGUUCGUUGGUUUCCAAGGCGAUCAUUUCGAGGAUCUGGACGAGGCGCUCCGGAACCCUACCGACAGACGAUGGCUGGCGAUCGGGCAGGCCAUGCUUCACGAAAACUAUUCCGUUGACAGGGUCCAUGAGUUAACUAAGAUUGACAAGUGGUUCCUGUACAAGCUCCAGAACAUUGUGGACUGUCACAACGAGCUGAAGGAGAUCGGCAGCCUCUUCGGCAUCAAUCAGGAGAUGAUGUUGAAAGCCAAGAAAUUGGGUUUCUCUGAUAAGCAGAUCGCCAUGUGUGUUGGAUCUACGGAGGAUGAUGUUCGCGCACGCAGGAAGAGCUUCGGUAUCAGACCCUGGGUAAAGAAGAUCGACACUCUCGCUGCUGAGUUCCCUGCGGACACGAACUACCUCUACACCACUUACAAUGCUACUUCUCACGAUGUGACUUUUGACGACCAUGGUACCAUCAUCCUUGGCAGUGGUGUGUAUCGAAUUGGCAGCUCAGUGGAAUUCGACUGGUGUGCUGUCAAUGCAACACUGACCCUGAGAAACAUGGGCAAGAAGACCGUCAUGAUCAACUACAACCCGGAGACGUACUCGACCGAUUUCGACACUGCUGAUAAGCUGUACUUCGAAGAACUCAGCUACGAGCGUGUCAUGGAUAUCUACGAACUCGAGAAUGCUAGCGGCAUCGUCGUCUCUGUCGGUGGUCAGCUGCCGCAGAACAUCGCGCUCCGCCUCCAGGAGAAGGGUGGCGCUCAUGUUCUCGGUACCGAUCCGGUGGAUAUUGACAAGGCCGAAGACCGUCACAAGUUCUCGCAAAUCCUGGAUAGCAUCGGUGUUGAUCAGCCUGAGUGGAAGGAACUCACCUCGGUUGCCGACGCAGAGCGUUUUGCUGAGACUGUGGGAUACCCUGUCCUCGUUCGUCCUAGUUACGUCCUCUCCGGCGCCGCGAUGAGUGUGAUUUACAGCCCAGAUGAGCUGAAAGAGAAGCUUAUCAACGCCAGCUCUGUGUCUCCCGAUCACCCGGUCGUCAUCACAAAAUUCAUUGAAGGGGCCCAGGAAAUUGAUGUUGAUGCCGUGGCCUCUGGCGGAAAGCUUCUCUUGCACGCUGUUAGCGAGCACGUUGAGAAUGCAGGCGUUCACUCUGGUGAUGCCACCCUGGUCCUUCCACCAACCUCCCUUAACGAGUCGGACAUGGCUCGUCUCAAGGAAAUCGCUGAGAAAGUCGCCAAGGCAUGGAACAUCACUGGUCCUUUCAAUAUGCAGAUCAUCAAGGCCGACAAUCCCAACGGCGGCGAGCCUCUUCUGAAGGUGAUCGAGUGCAAUCUUCGCGCCUCUCGUUCAUUCCCGUUUGUUAGCAAGGUCUUGGGGACCAACUUCAUCGAUGUUGCCACCAAAGCCCUUGUUGGACGUGACGUUCCUGAGCCGGUGGACCUCAUGGCUACGAAACGCGACUAUGUCGCAACUAAAGUUCCUCAAUUCAGCUGGACCCGCCUUGCUGGCGCCGACCCCUUCCUUGGUGUUGAGAUGGCCAGCACUGGUGAGAUUGCUUGCUUUGGAAAGGAUAUCAUUGAGGCUUACUGGGCUUCGCUUCAAUCCACGAUGAACUUCCGAGUCCCUGAGCCUGGCGAGGGUAUCCUACUGGGUGGUGACUACACUGGAACGCUGACCAAGAUCGUCGAGUACCUUCAGCCUCUGGGCUAUAAAUUCUAUGCGGCUAGCCCAGAGGUGAAGGCCCAGCUGGAAAGCGGUGUUAAGGGCGUGAGUGUCAACGUCAUCGAGUUCCCCAAGGAGGACAAGAGGGCGCUCCGCGAGAUCUUCCAGAAAUAUGACAUUCGCGGUGUCUUUAACCUUGCUAAGCAGAGGGGUAAGACCCUGCUGGACGAGGACUAUGUCAUGAGGCGAAACGCUGUUGAUUUUGGCGUCCCGCUCUUUAUGGAGCCAAAGACUGCUCUUCUCUUUGCGCAGUGCAUGAGCGAGAAGCUGCCCCGAAAGGAGGGUAUCCCGCCCGAGGUCCGCAGCUGGUCUAGUUUCGCCGGCGGCAAGAUGAUGUAA